UGGGGUCCGCGGGCUCCUUGGAUCCACUCCUGGAUCUGGAGGAGGGAGGGGGGCCGGAUUCAAAUGUCCAAAGAGUGACUGAGGAUGGGGUUUGAAGACUUGGAUUGUUGGACCAGUCAAGAGGUUUGGGUCCGGGAUUUGGAGGUCUAGAAAGUAGCUGGGUUGGGGAGCCAGGGUCCCCAACAGCGGGUCCAGACUAAGACUGGCAAACCCAGAGCUAGAAGGUAGCGGGGGUGGGGUAAGCGGGCGGGCAUCCGGGACUGGGUGCUCGGGACUCCGGAUUUCUGGGUGGGCGGGGCUUCCAGGAUGGAGGUGGGAAGGAAGAGCACGGUCCUACUCUCCCAGCUUCACUUGUCCCCUCCAAUGGCCUAGGAGUGGCUGACCCGCUAUGGCUACCUGCCGCCACCCCAUCCUGCCCAGGCUCAGCUGCAGAGCCUUGCGAAGCUGCAGGACGCCGUCAAGGUCAUGCAGAGGUUUGCUGGGCUGCCUGAGACAGGUGCCAUGGGUAGGUGUCCCGUACCCCCACACCCGCUGUACUAUCUUGCCUCUGCCUCUAGCUUGGCCAUGGUCCAGCGGCCUCUAAACCUCAGCAUUGCACGGAAUGAUGAGCUGUGAGGAUACUGAUCUCGGGUUCCAGCCUCGACCCUGGAGGUCCUCAGGCAUUCAUCUUUCAUAACCUUCCCCAGGAAGCUCUUGCAUGCCAGGUCAUUUCAGGCUCCACCGUUAGAGCAGUGGACGGAGUAGAUAUGGUUCCUGCUCUCAUGGAGCUAAUAUUCUGAAGGACAGAGAAACACAGGACAAAAACAUAAAUAUGCAAGGUGAUUUUGGGCAGAGACCCCGUGACAAUAGCCACCAUGCACAAGCCCCGCUGCUCCCUGCCCGAUGUGCUGGGGUCUGCAGGGCUGGUCAGGCGUCGUCGCCGCUAUGCUCUGAGCGGCAGCAUGUGGAAGAAGCGAACUCUGACCUGGAGGGUCCAGUCGUUCCCCCAGAGCUCCCAGCUGAGCCAGCAGACGGUGCGGACACUCAUGAGCUAUGCCCUGGCCGUGUGGGUCGUGGAGUCAGGCCUCACAUUCCAGGAGGUGGAGUCUUGGCACCAGGAACCUGACAUCCUCAUCGACUUUGCCCGGGCCUACCACCAGGACAGCUACCCCUUUGAUGGGCAGGGUGGCACCCUGGCCCACGCCUUCUUCCCUGGGGAGCACCCCAUCUCUGGGGACACCCACUUCGAUGAUGAGGAGACCUGGACCUUUGGGUCAAAAGAUGGUGAGGGAAUCGACCUGUUUGCGGUGGCCGUUCAUGAGUUCGGCCAUGCCCUGGGCUUGGGCCACUCCUCGGCACCCAACUCCAUCAUGAGGCCCUUCUACCAGGGCCCAGUGGGCGAUCCUGGAAAGUACCGCCUGUCCCAGGAUGAUCGUGAUGGUCUGCUGCAGCUCUAUGGGAAAGCAACCCACCCUCCAUAUGACAGGCCUACCAGGAAACCCCUGACUCCUCUUCCCCGGCCCCCAGUCCUGCCCCCCGACAGCACCUCCACACCUGUCCCUGAUCGAUGUGAAGGAAAUUUUGAUGCCAUUGCAAACAUCCGUGGGGAAAUCUUCUUCUUCAAAGGUCCCUGGUUCUGGCGCUUGCAGCCCUCAGGUCAGCUGGUGUCACCCCGUCCAGCCCGGCUGCACCGCUUCUGGGAGGGGCUGCCUACCCACGUGAAGGUCAUCCAGGCCGCCUACGCCCGGCGCCGAGAUGGCAGAAUCCUCCUGUUCAGCGGUUCGGAGUUCUGGGUGUUCCAGGACCGGCAGCUAGAGGGCGCAGCGCGGCCGCUGGCGGAGUUUGGGCUGCCCGCCGGUGAGGAGGUGGACGCGGUGUUCUCCUGGCCGUUCAAUGGCAAGACCUACUUGAUCCGGGACCAGCAGUACUGGCGGUACGACGAGGAGGCUGCGCGCCCGGAUCCCGGCUACCCAAACGACCUAAGCCUCUGGGAGGGGGCGCCCCCCGCCCCCGACGAUGUCACCAUCAGCAACACAGGUGACACCUACUUUUUCAAGGGCCUCCAUUUCUGGCGCUUUGCUAAGGGCAGCGUCAAGGCUGAGCCGGACUCGCCCCAGCCCAUGGGGCCCAAGUGGCUGGACUGCCCCGCCCCCAAUCCCCCCAAAGAGACCCCCAAGCCCGGAAACUGCGAUUGUCAGUGCGAGAUCAAUCAGGCGGCGGGGUCGCAGCCCACGACCUUCCUGCUGCCCCUCCUGGCCCUGCUGGCUGGGGGCGUCGCCUCCUGCUAAGGCGUGGACAUCCUGAGCGGAAGAUGUCACGGAAGGGGGCCAGAAUCUCCCACCGCUGGACGAGGUGUGGGAUUGUGAGGCGCUGCCGAGCCCCCUUCGUCUGUUCUCGCCGCGGAAGUCCCUUGGGCACGGAGCUGGACUGAUUCCUCGCAGAGGGACUGUGGCAUCCUGGCUCGGUGGACACCUGCAGGGCGGAUCCUGCCGCCAGGGGGCACCCGAGGGCUAUGGCCACUGUCAGCGCCUGCGCAUAACGCUUGGCCCGGGCGGCCACCAGGGGGCGGUGCGGACCAAGGGCUGGAAGACCAGGGAACAGUUGUGGGCGAGUGGCUGACCUAAGCGGGUGCAUUAGUCGCAGGAGUGCUCUGUCCACCCUCUUGCCAGAUCACAGUCCUAUCCCCAGUCGUGUGCUACUCCAGCAUGACCACCCACCUUUUCUCAGAAGAGCCUGGGCUUUUCUGAACACAGUCCAUGGGCUCUUCCAGCCCUCAUCCCGCUAGCAAUAGUGGUUGGCGUCUGAUUGGGUCAUUAGAGGACUGGCCAGGUCAGGACAUUGAACCAAGCCCCUCCCACCACUGCUUUGAGCGUCCUCGAGCCUUCUCACGCUGUUCUGCUCCUAUGGUGACCCAUUGCAGUCCCUGGCACGUGGUGUUCAGGGGGACUAAGCCUGGACACCUCCCCUGAAGGAGGUGUCCUGCUUUAAGUCCUGGUCAUUAGUAGUAGUCCCCUGAAGAGAUGACCCUUCCCAGGUCGGGCCCUGUUGACCUUGUUUCCAGUCACCCUCCCUCCAGGCCACACAGCUUGGUCACCAUCCUGAGUCUAGAACUGCCCCUAUUCUGUUGCACACUACCCUAUGUUGAGCACCAUCUCUCUGCUGCCACUGGAGUGAAGGCAGCUUCCUUCUAGAACAGAUUGGCUCCCAUGGGCCCAGGGCUACUGGGAAGACAUGGGCAGAAUCUUCUCAGUUGGGUGAUUGUUGCCACUUCAGCACUCGUGGAGGGAGUUCUGAGUUCUAAGAUUAAGGAGUGACUAAACCUGAAGCGCUCCUUCACCCCAGUUUCCCCACAGAUUGCUUCUGGAACUGUGCUUCUGGAAUAUCCAUAUCAGAAUCACUCAGUGGGAAUUUAAAAAUACAAACCCCGUUCCCUUACCCUAAAUCCCCACUCAGAGGGUCAGGAAUUGCAUUAUCAGAUGUGGGGCCAUUAUGCCCUGAUGGGCCAGGGGGCUGGCUGUCUCGUGGCAUUGCUGUGGCUCUGCUGUGCCCUCUCUCCUAGGGACCCAUCUUUUCUUAUGUUCUUACAGGCUGUGGCCUUAGUUGAGAGGUAUCCACUCACCAUGGGUGGAGUCACUUGGUGGGCCACUUUGCAGUUGCCAUAUAACCUCAGUGGUACCACAGUGUGUCCAGGAGCCUAGGCUGUGAGCACCACUUCCAGCAGCCAGGGGAAGUUGCCGCCAGCUGUUCUUGGUACCCAGAUCAGCAGGAAGACAAGAUCCAAGUGUCAUUGACCAGUCCGUUGAUCUGACAGUUCUAAUUUACUAGGGAGCCAUCUGGGCCUCUGUUGGUUCUCUCCAAGUAACAGAAGGAAGCUAAACCCCAACCAGGAGGAGAAUAAAAUGAUUAGAGGAAGCGUUUCCUUUCUCCUGAACAUUGAUGGACCUGGGGUGAGGUUUGGUGGCAGGAACUGGACAGACCUAACUCAUUGCUUUGCAGGAGAAGCUGGGAUCCAGGGUUGAUGGAGAUGGGACUCUGAAGUAGGAACAGGGGGAGGGGAAAGCAGAGAGAGAACUAAAAGUUGAUUGAGGAGACAGCCAGAAGAAAGAUGACCCUUGUGAAUUGGUAUUUUAGAAGGUACAUGUAAACUCCUCUAGCUAUUAGUCUUUUAUUGAACCUACACAAAAAGGUCAGAUGAUAAUAAGAAUGGUUGCCAGACACCAGUGAAUCAGGUCUGUAAUCCUAGCUACUCAGGAGGAUUGAGAUUCAAAGACCGCCUGAGCAAAUAGUUGGAGAGACCCUAUCUUGAAA